AUAAUACAUAAAAUAAUAUACAAAUCUGUCAAGAGAUAAUACUAUUGUAGCCAGUGCCUCGGCUAACGCUUGAGUUGGACUGGUUAUUUGACCUGAGUUUGCAAAAUCCAAACCAAACUAAAUAAUUGAACCAAGCUGACAAAUACAUCGCUUUAAUAUUAUAAAAUAAAGUCGGUUUUCUAUUUGGUUGGUUUGGAUAUAAGUGCAAACUGAAUCAAAAUAAAUGAAGCAAACUAAAAAAUCAACCAACUAAUUUGGUUUGGCGUGAAUUUCUUUUCCUUCGAAUUUCUGUUCGGUUUUGAAAUAAAGCAAAACUUUAGUUUGGUUUACUUUAGUUUAAUAGGGUAUAAGGGGGUAGGCUCGAUCCUGGCUGGUGUUUGAAAUUUUUAAAAGAAAGAAGUAGGGUUUGUAGUGAUUCCAGAACUAGACGGAGGAUAGGCACGGGCUGCGGAGAGGUCAGAGGUAGACUCGGGUUGAAAAGAAAUCCCGGUUCCGCCUCUAUCUUCGAUCCUCGGAACAAGUGCAAUUCCAUAAGUUCAAAUACAAUAGCACACCAUGAUUUUAGAAUAUAUGCUUAUUGACAUAAGUGUGACAUUCUCCAUCGUUAAUAAUAUUCCAAUAAGCAAAGCCAGUUUCUUUGUUCAUGGUAGGUUUCUUUCUUUUUAUAUUUAUUUGUAACGCAUGAUCUCUUUUCUGGGUCCAUUUCACCUACCUACUUACUUUAGAUCUCCAUCAUCCUUUAUUUAAAUUCUCUAAUAAUCCAUCUCAUAGUAGCACCUUUCUUGCCUUUCAAUUUCUCAAACGCACAAUUAGAAUAUAUUCUGCUGCCCCCUUUUUCAAAUUCUCCUAUCAGUACUCCAACAUGCUCCAUUAGUCCAUUCUUUUUUAUUCAUUCUUUGCUCCACCACCAAGAAAUCAAGUUUGCUUUAUUCUUCUUCUUUUUGUUGCUUGCUUUUAUCCUCUUUGCCUUGCGGCGUGCUUGUCUGAUCUUGAAGUUUGAUAAGAGAAAGAAGAGAGACUUGCCGAUCAUGCAACGAGGAGUUCUCGAUGGUGUCAUUCACAGGUUGCUUGAAGUUAGGGGCAAGCCGGGAAAGCAGGUUCAGCUUUCUGAGAAUGAAAUUAGGCAGCUUUGUUUCGCUUCCAGGGAAGUUUUCUUGAAGCAGCCAAAUCUGUUGGAGCUCGAAGCUCCGAUCAAAAUCUGCGGAGACAUACACGGACAAUACACUGAUCUCCUGAAGCUCUUCGAGUAUGGCGGAUUACCUCCUCGUGCCAACUAUUUAUUCUUGGGGGAUUAUGUAGACCGCGGGAAGCAAAGUUUGGAAACUAUUUGCCUUCUUCUUGCAUACAAAAUAAAGUAUCCUGAAAACUUCUUCUUGUUAAGAGGAAACCAUGAAUGUGCUUCUGUAAACCGUAUAUAUGGAUUCUACGAUGAAUGCAAAAGAAGAUUCAAUGUCAGGUUAUGGAAAAUAUUCACGGAGUGUUUCAAUUGCUUGCCUGUAGCAGCUCUUAUUGAUGAAAAAAUUCUGUGUAUGCAUGGUGGACUUUCUCCUGAUUUGAAAAAUUUGGAUCAAAUACGUAAUCUACAUCGACCUACUGAUGUUCCUGAGUCUGGUUUGUUAUGUGAUCUUCUCUGGUCUGAUCCUAGUAAAGAAAUCCGAGGUUGGGGUGUAAAUGAAAGAGGUGUUUCUUAUACUUUUGGUGCUGACAGGGUCUUCGAUUUUCUGCAGAAGCAUGAUCUUGACUUAAUUUGUCGAGCUCAUCAGGUUGUGGAAGAUGGAUAUGAGUUUUUUGCUAACAAGCAACUGGUAACUAUAUUUUCAGCUCCUAAUUAUUGUGGAGAAUUUGACAAUGGUGGUGCUAUGAUGAGUGUGGAUGUAAAUUUACUAUGUUCAUUCCAAAUUCUGAAACCUACUGAUAAGAAGCCAAAAUUUGGUUUUGGUAAUUCAACUAAAAUUAAGUCACUUUUAAAAGUGUAAGGAAUACGAUGCUGCUGUCAACUGAUAUCUGAAGAACAUGUUGAACAAUUGGCAACGGGAGUAAGAAUUUAAGGAUCUUUAUUGGGUUCUUAUUUUAAUGUUGAUUGAAAAAUGUAUAUGGUCAACUUUGUUUAUUCCAAAAGAUAAUGCAUAGUUAUGAUGAUGAUUUUUGGGAGGCUUUAAUCUCUUUGAUUGGUUGUAAUUCUGUUAUCAUCAUGUAAUAAGACAAUGCAACUUAAUAAUUUGAAUUAAAUUUUCAAUUAA